AUGACUACCACACCACAAGGCACACAGGAUAGUAGGGUUCAAGUGCACCAACAGCACCAAGCAACGACAAUCAUGACUGUCUCAACACAAGACAACCACACUAUGCCGUCCGAGCUCUUCACCACCUACGAGCUCGUCGAGGCGAUACUUCACCAUCUUCCAACAAAGAAUCUGCUGCUUAGCCAGCGGGUAUGCCGUACUUGGCGGGAUGUGAUCGCAAGGUCUCAAAAGCUACAGCGAGCACUUUUCUUUCUCCCUGUUAAAGGCGGGCCACUCGUGAACAACUGGCGACUCGCUGACAAUCUUGAUGAUCUUUGGGCAUACAAGGACAGCAAGAUACCAAUGCUAGUCUACCGCAAUCCGUUACUGCAGCCGCUUCACGGCAGCUCACUUGCUCAUCGAACGAAGUUCGUGGAGAGUCGCCUAUCUGACGCCUGGUGGCGUCCCGAAGCAUCGUGGCGAGGCAUGCUGUUAUCGCAGCCUGCAGUCCAGGCGAGAUUGAUAUCGCCAUUUGGGAACAACGACUUGACGGUCACGCGCGCUCAGGAGGCUCUGGACUUGGCAAAAGAGCUGAAACAACAAUCCAUCUUACCUAUAAGUCUACGGAUUAACGGUAUAGAGAAGUGGCGAACGCUGACGAGCAGUGAGGAGUUGGAGGAGCUUCCGAUGAGGGACAUCGAGGAAUGA